AUGUAUCCAACAUUGAUGCCGCUACUACUUCUAUCCCUCUUCGUCAUCUGCUUUGCACAUCCAGUGCCAGUCGUCGAUGAUCCAAUAAGUUCGAUGGCCAAUGCUACCAGAUACUGGGGCGAUGUCGUUGCAGACGCAUUCAGAGAUAAGGCAAACGCUACCUACGAAAUCGGUGAAGAUCUCAAAGACACAGCCAACGAAAUUGCCGAAGCCCUCGAAGACAAAGCAGAUGCUCUUGAACACUCGACUGAAGAAGUUGCUGCAAGUCUUGACAAAGUAGCACAGGGUGUUAGUAAAAGCUCAAAUAACUAG